GACUCACUGUCAUCCAUCCUCCUGUGUUAGUUACUGCGGUCCCUGCCUUCAGUACGUGUGCUGGUUCCAGUAGCUGUCAUGGCCAUGUUGAGAGUCUCAUCCUACCGCCGGCAGUUUGAACUGUGGAGCCGGAAUCAAGAUUGCAGCUGUGGAGGUCCGUGCUGCUCGGAGGUCAAAGUCAAGGCCAGAAAUGUGUCAGCUGAAGUGUCUCCAUGUGAUGAGCUGGACUUUGUGGCUGCCAAGGCGCUCAACAAGGAGGGUCUGGUGCAAUUUGCUAAAGACCGCUGUGUUAUCGCCGCCCUAAACGACCGCUUUAUCGCCCUCAUCAACAUGGCACGCUGCUUUGAAGAAGACAAUUACUCUCUGGAGGCACAGAUCCGUGAGCUGGAGGAGAGACUGGCUGGCCAGCAGGCCACCUCCUCUACCUUGACUGUAGCUGUUCCCGAAUACAGCUGGGACGCCGUGGUGGAGAGACUGCGCAAGGAGAGGGACCAGAGCCUUUGUGACGUGGAGGAAUUGAGGAAAGAGCUGGAGUGUUUGCAGGAGAAGUAUGAGGAGACUGUUCAACGGAGAACCCUCAUCCAACUGGAGCGGGAGGAUGUUGGCUUGGCAGUAGAUGGUGUUACCGCGGAUUGUCUGGCCCUGAGGGAGCAGCUGAAAAUCUACGAGGAUCAACUGGCUCAUAUGGAGGCACAGCAUGACACGGCGCUUCAGAGCAUGCUGGGGCCUGCAGACGACCGGGCUGCAGCGGGGAGAGAAGCCCUGGAGUUCUGCAGUCCCGACAUCGGCCCAGUCAUCAUGGAUAUCAAGGAGUACUACAACCGUCUGGCUGAGACCAUACAGUGUGAAUGUAGAGAAGCUGGUGCUGUUGGUACUUUGUCUGUUGUCGCCGUCGGCGCUGGGAAGGAGCACACUGUGGGCGGAGCAGCUGGAAUCACGAGCAUCGGCAAAAUAAAGGACGUCGACCAACUGAAGAAACUGAUUGCGGAGCUUGAGAAAGAGCUUGCGGAGCUGGAGGCUUGUAGCGAACAGUUGGAAGAGGAGAUUGAGACCAAGAGAGAAGCGCAUCUGGAUGAGAUCGCCAAGUUGGAGUGUUGUAUCGAGGAGAUGCGGGCCCAGCAGCGGGACCUGCAGGUCCAGAUGGGGGAGCAGUGCGACGACUACGAGGAGCUGCUCAGUCAGAAGAUGGCCCGGGAGAUGGAGAUCGCUGCCUACAGGGGUCUGGUGGAGGAGGAGGAUGAAAGGCUGUGUUACCUGUGAGAGGAUCCGUGCCAACCGAGCCACACCAUCCAACUAACCAAGCUUUCAGCAAAGGCUCUCCCCCAAUGCCCAAUACACAUUUGAUGCACCAACAAGAAACAGACCUGGACCAGCCCCUGGCCAUCCGGAGACGCUAACCGGCACCGGCGUACCACUGUCUCAGCAGAUGGAAAUGAAUCAUGACAGAUUAACGACGUCUGGAGGGCGUGCCAAGGCCAUUGAUAACAGGUCACCGGCAGACAACCCCUGUCUUUUAAGAAAAAUGGAACUGUCUUUUAGGGGGG